AUUUAUGGAAACGGAGACGAGCCAGGAGGCAUAUGAAUUUUUAUUAUUUAGCCCAAAUUCGGGGUCCUCUCACAUCUCGCAACAGCCGCCCCAAGUAGACUAGCCAGCAAGAGGCACUGUAGUUUCGCUGAUACGUGUAUCCUGCAUCCCUUCAGGUAUUGAAGGAUCAUUCAACAGCAAACAUGGCAAUGGUUAAAACGAACUGGGACAAAAGCAAAGUUGGAGAGCCUCUACCGAAAAAGAAGUCUUGGCUCUCCUCCUUUGGCUGUCUCUUUGGAGCAAGUAGAAGUAAGGAAUCCAAAGCUCCCCAUGGCAGCAGCAGCAGCAACGACGCUGCAUUCCCGAAAGAAGACGAAGUAGACACGUCGCAUGUGUCGUCCGCCUACUGGGAUGAUACUUCGGUUGCCACAAGUCGUACAUCCUUUUCCACCAUGACAAUGGCAAUCGAUGACACCACGAUCAAUGGGUGCAUGAGAUCGGAGCUGGCCGAGUUGGCCGCAUCCAAUGAAGGCUAUUACGAAUACCCCUUGACCGGUACGCAGUGGUUAGAGCCCACUGCCAAGGUCAUGGGCCAACCAGCGUAUAUCGCCAGAAAGGAAAAACCCAAAAAGGGUGAAAUUAUUCCCGUUGUGAAGGAUUAUGCUUUUGGUUUCGGACGAUAUGGAUACGGUCACUAUCAUUUGAUGACACAAGAUUCCUGGAAGGCACUUUCCAAAUCAUACAAGGGCAAGAAUUCACAGGUUCGCAGGAUAUUGAAACAACGAUCAAAAAGUGCAUAUCGCAAUGAUUCCACUCCCAAUCAAAUCAAAUUUGCCAACAAGGCCCAAAGGUUGCAUAUGAGAAGCACUGCAGCAAAAAGGGCUGGGUAUGGAAUGGGUUCGAGUCUUGGUGCUGCCGCCUGUGCAAUGUAACUGCAUGAUGGUCGACAUGUGCAAUUGUACAUGUAUUGAAACCAGUCCUUCGGUACGCACAAGUACUUGUAGGGCAAGACAACUAUGUAUAACUACAUCUAUUCCAUUGGGGUCGCUCACGAAGUUUGGGGGUCACUACUGAAGGAGCCCAGGGAUGAGUUACCAUUGAUUGUACUUUAAAACACGCUGCGUUGAUCCUUGAGUCUUCCGGUAGUACCAAGGCACCAGAAGAU